AUGAACCUGCUCAUGUCUCUGGGCACGACCGUGGCCUAUAUCGCCAGCAUCGCGAUGCUGGCGCUGUCUGCGCGCGCGCCACGGGGCAGCAACGGGUUCACAACGACGUAUUUCGACUCGGUUGUCUUUCUGACGUUUUUCCUGAGCAUUGGCAAGCUGCUCGAGAGUUGGUCUAAGAGCAAGACGGCCAACGCUGUCAGCCAGCUGAGCGGCUUCAAGGCCACUGAGGCGACGCUUGUGGAGGACGGCGUCGAGCGCGAAAUCGGUGUUGACUACCUCGAGCUCGGCGACACCAUCGCAAUAAAGCCUGGCGACUCUCCGCCCGUCGACAGCAUCAUCGUGGACGGCGAGGCCGAUUUCGACGAGAGCAUGCUAUCGGGCGAGUCGCAUGCGAUCCACCACGUCAAAGGCGAUCAGAUCUUUGCCGGCACCGUGAGCCAGGGCCCGGGGACCGUGCGUGCGCAGAUCUCUGCUCUGCAGGGCAACUCGCUGCUGGACCAGAUUGUCGACAUUGUGCGCAACGGCCAGCUCAACAAGUCGCCGAUCGAAAAGCUUGCCGACAAACUCACCAGCUAUUUCGUUCCUGUCGUGUGUCUAGUCUCGCUCAUCGUCUGGAUCGUUUGGCUCGUUCUUGGAUACACCGUCCUGCCAAAAAGCUAUCUGGACGUCGACGUGGGCGGCUGGGUGGUCUGGUCGCUGCAGUUUUCGAUUGCUGUGUUUGUCAUCGCGUGUCCGUGCGGUCUGGGGCUUGCUGCGCCGACAGCCCUGUUUGUCGGGUCCGGACUGGCCGCCAAGAACGGCAUCUUGGUCCGCGGCGGCGGCGCAUCGUUCCAGCAGGCAGCCAACGUCGAAGUGGUCUGUUUUGAUAAGACCGGAACGCUCACCAAGGCAGACAUCGAGGUCACCGACCACCACGUCGCUGGAGACUUUGCGCUCGCUGUCCAGCUUGCCAGAGACCUCGAGCUUGGGUCAAAACACCCACUAGCGGCCGCCGUGCGCAACUUUGCGGUGGAAACCGCGAGCAGCAAGGGAUUCGAGCUGGGAACCACGCUGGUCCCAAAGGUCGAGGAAGAGAGCGGGCGCGGCGUGUUUGGCGACUACGAAGACAAGCGUGCGCUUCUGGGCAACGAGAAGAUGAUGGCCGAGCACGGCGUGCCUUUCACAGACGAGGAAAUGCGGCUUCUGGAGGAGUGGAAACGGCAGGGCAAGAGCGUCGUUUGCGUGGCUGUUGACAGACAGCUGCUGCUGCUGCUUGCGGCCCGCGACGAGGUGCGGCCGGAGGCGAAGGACGUCAUCGCCGACCUGGGCCGGCGCGGCGUCGACGUGUACAUGAUCAGCGGCGACAACCACGUCACCGCCGAGGCAAUUGCCCGCGAGGUCGGCAUAGCUGCGGAUCACGUGAUCGCGAACGUGCUACCGCAGGGCAAGUCCGACAAGAUCAAGUGGUUGCAACAGACGUACCACAGUGUGCCGAACAAGCCCACAAAGCCGGCGGUGGUGGCUAUGGUCGGCGACGGCAUCAACGACGCGCCUGCGCUGGCGACGGCGGACAUUGGCGUUGCCAUGGGCUCGGGGUCGGAUCUGGCCCUGAGCUCCUGCGAUUUUGUCCUCUUGUCGCAGAAACAGCCGCUCAAACAGCUGCAGAUCCUGCUCCAGCUGUCGCGCAAGGUGAUCAACCGUGUGAAAUUCAACUUUGGCUGGGCAUUGGUCUACAAUGUUAUUGGAAUCCCUAUCGCUGCGGGAGUUAUUUAUCCGUACCAUAACUCGCGUCUGAGCCCGACGUGGUCGAGUCUGGCGAUGGCCUGCUCGAGCGUGAGUGUGCUGUUCAGCAGUCUGGCGCUCAGAUGGGAAAGCCGGUUCUGGGGAUGGCGUUCGGAAUGA